CCCUGCCCUGUUGCCUGACAGUUGGUGCCGGGAGUUCGGACUGAGCAGACGAGAGUCGCUUACGCCCGCUGCCACAGUUUCUUUCCGUGUUCUUUGUUCUUUGUCAGUACAAGUCGAAAAAUUUUCUAGUGUGUGACCUUUUCGCUUCGGCGACAUAGCAAUUGGAUAGAACCAUGGAGGUUUUGCCGUGCCCAGUUAAAAUCAACACGAAUUUGCGUUAUGAGGGUGGAUACCAAGCUGCCGACGAGGGCGAUGACUGCGCCGCCGUGUCGGCCCUGGCCAGGCGCCUGGAGGACGAGCUGAGAGCCGCCAAGUCGGCCCAGCUGGCCUGCGGCGAGGUGCUGCUCCCCGCCGAUCUGCUGCCCAGGGUGGCCCGGGACGUGGUCCGGAUGGCUGAGAACGAGCCCUGUGGACUUAGGGGCUGUACGCUAUUUAUUAAUUUUGAAAAUGACCAAGUCUGCAGGAGACUUGGGCAGAUCAAGUGUGACCCGAACACUGUUUCUACUUUUGAGCUGUUCUUGACUUUAAAGCAAGACAGUUCUAGUUGGCACAGCAUCUUGCCACAGUUUCUUAAAAACUUGACCAGGGGCAGGACCAUAAUGAUCAGCCCAGGGUUCACCUUAGAAAAGAAGAAACUCUACAGAAGCUACCUGGAGUGAGUGGAACUGAGCAGCACUCCAGGAGAGCAAAGACUGAAAUCAAGCCCUCUCCCACCGGCCCAAUGUUAAGUUAUGUGUGUGUCUCUAAACAAGUUGAGUUUUUCCUCUGUUUUGUUUGGACUUAUGUGAUGUGAUGAUUCAUUCUCUUGUAACUGGAGGAUGUAAUGUAUCAGCUAAGAUGAAAGAAGAAUUUGUAUUCUCUUAAUUUGUAAGUUCUUGUUUAACAUUUUGUUUUGAGGACAAUGCUGAUUAUUUGCCAUCGUAUAGUAGCAUUGCUUAUUUCAUUUUCUAAUUUUUUCAUAUUGAAAAUUGCUGAAAAAGUCGUCAUGUGUUGUUUAAGGGGAUAAUAGUAAUCAUGAGUCGAAACACCAUAUCCUGUAAUGAGUUUCAGGCCUCUCUGUAUAUAACCAGUGCUGGAUUUUUAUCACUUACUUUGUCUCUUAAGUUAAAAUGUGAUAUUGUAUCUCCUUGGUCUAUGAACAAAUUUGCAAAGUGAUUAAUUUUUUUAUUUGUAAGUUCAAGGAGAGCUUAUGGGGUUGUCCCCAGCAAUGGAGGGGUGGGUGUGGGAGGGGAGGGGAGGAAUCAGACCUGGACUCUGUGAUUGGAUAGUGGAUACAGACGGUUUGAUGACAUCAUGAACUACUGCCAUCCCUUGAUUUUGUGAUUGUUGUAUUUUAGUCAUUGAAUUUAUUUUUUAGAAUGAGGAGGGAAAAUAUAAAGAACAUGUUGCAUAUUUGUAGAUGAGAUACAAGAGUAAUUAUGUUUUUGUGAGCUGUGUCCAUGGCUUUAUUUUUUAUCAAAUAAUGUUGCAGCUUCUAAUUUUUAACCUAGGUUACACCUCUUCCAUUUUGGAAGGGGCGCCUUGUUUUUACUUGAGUGGAUGAUUGGUUGGAGUACGCUUCUGUUGAAUUUGCUUUGGGUUUGGCAGUUGGGAUGAGUUUGAAAUCUUUAGUGGCCGAGCAAGGCAAACUGAUGCAUCCACAAACCAAAGAAGGAUGUUUUAAUUAAUGGUUGAUAUGCCAUGAUCUCAUUCAAUAUUUAAUGAUAGGCGUGGAGAAAAUGGUUAAAUUAUUCACAUUCAUCAUUCAUUCAUUCAUUCAUACAUUAACUUUCUGUAAAGGCAAGUAGAUUAUUAGACUGGAAACUGAAAUGUUGAUUGAAGAAGGUCUAUUUACUCAUAUAAACUGCUGUCAGUAUGAUAAUUUUGAAACUUUGACAUUGACUUAAUGUUCCAUUUUAACUAUUUACACCAAUUGAUAUGUGUGCUGUAUCUCAAGGAGACAUUUGUAAAUUUCAUGUAGAACGCUUACUGUAGAUCCUGAUCUAUGCAUUCGUGAUAUGCAAAAGAAUGAGUUUUGUAGAAAUGUGUUUGCAAGAUUUUAUUAAGGGUUGAUGUGAUAGAAUAUUACUUUAGUUAGUAUCUGUGGUCCAGAGCAAUGUCAUUGUGCCUCUGGAUAGAGGUGAAAUAAAAAUUCUGUGUUCUUAAGAUUUUGAAUUAAGCUUUAUGUUAGAUAUCUGGUCAGCCAGUAGCCCAGUGAUUGUGGGCCAUUUCAAAAAGAAUCGUAUCAUUUGUCCGUGUCUUAAUCUGCUGCAUUGAAGGAAAAUUCACCAGGUAUUAUUUGUAUCAUCAUUUUCUCCUGUUCAUCCAGUAUGCUUAGUCAUUUAGUUACAACUUCAAAUAACUUUUUUCACAUCUUUUUUUAUUUU